CGACGGUGUUGACGGCAGCGGCCAUCGCGCGCCUCCGUCACUCACCGCGGCCGUUCCACACGAGUUCGCGGAUUUCGCUGACGAUACGUGCCCACCCUGGUCCGGAAUGAACGGGUAGCACCUCGGGCUCACUAUGCUGAAACAAGUGAGCGCGUUUGUUCGUCACUCUUCUCAGGGGGUGGAAGCAGUUUCGACCGACACGGUUCGGGAUUUGCUGGAGGCCGAGAGAGAUCAGCUGGUGCUGCUGGACACUCGGAGUUUAGCUGAAUAUGAGGUCAGUCACCUAGAAGGCGCUGUACACGUUGAUCCAGACACCGUCAAUAUGGAUGAAGUGGUCCAAAGUCUGGACCUGGCAGACAAUAAAGAGAACAAGGACCUUGUCUGCUACUGUACCGUGGGAUACCGUUCCUCAAAAGUGGCCCAAAAGCUCAAUCAAUAUUUAGCCAUCAAUUCUGGCCAGAGCUUGCAAGGACUAUUGAAGGUAUAUAAUAUGGAGGGGGGAUUGGUGAAAUGGGCCAAUGAGAGGAAGUUGAUGGUUGAUGGCAAGAAUCAGCCAACAAUCCUUGUUCACCCCUAUAAUGCAAUGUGGGGUUAUCUGUUGGAGCCUCAGUUCAGGGCUCAGAUUUAAUUGUGCUAAACAGUAUGAUUCGGUGUCAGCCUGUCUCAAGUUUUAGUACUCUCACCUCUGAGUCAGAAGG